AUGCAUCGCUACUCCUUCCCACAUACUCCGGUCGCUAAUCCCAAAGCAAUUGUCAGUGGUGGCAAGUAUCGGUUCACUGUUUUGACCGAUGGCCUUUUGCGUUAUGAAUGGGCUGUAGACGGCAAAUUCGAGGAUCGCGCCUCGGUUCUUGCCAUUAACCGCCAUUUGCCCGUACCGGAAUUUCGCAUUAUUGAGGACCAACACAGUCUUCAGAUUCUCACUUCUCGAUUCCACCUCAACUACGACAAACAGGACUUUUCUGCAAAUGGCUUCAGUGCCGUCAUUAAGGGAAAUUAUGGGCCUCAUGUCAGUGUCUGGCGCUAUGGGAUCCAAGCUUCAAACCUCGGUGGUACAACCCGUACAUUGGAUGAGGCCGAUGGCCGAGUUGCUCUAGAUCAUGGUGUUGCUUCUAGACAGGGAUUUGCGACUUUGGAUGAUUCGACCUCAAUGCUAUUUGAUGAUCGUCAAUGGGUGACUACGAGGUUGCCUGGAAAUCGCGUGGACGGCUACCUUUUCGCGUACGGCCACGAUUAUCGACAAGCCAUCCAGGCGUACUAUCUUCUUUCAGGACCCCAACCUCUGCUUCCACGGUGGGCCCUAGGGAACUGGUGGAGUCGAUUCUACCCUUACACCGCGAAUGAAUAUCUCUCACUGAUGGAUCGGUUCUACAAAAGUAAGAUACCAAUAUCAGUCGCCGUAUUGGAUAUGGAUUGGCAUAUUGUGCAAGAUGAUCGCGUCAAGACAGCCGGAGUAACAGGAUGGACCGGAUACACCUGGAACAGAGAGCUCUUCCCCGAUCCCAAAGCAUUUCUUGAAAAACUCCACGAUCGAGGCCUACAUGUUUCUCUAAAUGAUCAUCCAGCAGACGGUGUUCAGAGCUAUGAAGAUCCAUACGAGGAGAUGGCCAUCGCUCUUAAGCAUGACACGUCCAUGGGUGACCCUAUCUCUUUCGACAUCACAAAUCAGGCUUUUCUGGAUGCUUUCUUCGAUGUGCUUCACCGGCAAUUCGAAAAGGACGGACUAGAUCUGUGGUGGGUGGAUUGGCAGCAAGGGACACAUUCUCGCAUCCCUGGCAUCGAUCCACUCUGGGUACUCAAUCAUUACCACUUCUUGGACAGCGCUCUUGAUAACAAAAGACCCUUGACGUUUUCGCGAUACGCGGGCCCGGGCAGCCACCGGUACCCCAUUGGUUUCUCGGGUGAUACAGUGGUAUCAUGGGAUUCCCUUCGCUUCCAGCCAGAAUUCACAGCAACGGCAUCGAACAUUGGAUUUGGCUGGUGGAGUCAUGACAUUGGAGGUCAUUUCCACGGUGAGAAGAACGAUGAAAUGCUCAUUCGAUGGGUGCAAUAUGGCGUUUUCUCACCAAUCUUGCGUCUCCACUCGUCGAACAACAUCUUUAGCAUCAAGGAACCCUGGAAUCUGGAACCGCAAUUUGGGCAGAUUAUGACAAAGUUCCUGCAGCUCCGUCAUAGACUGCUUCCCUAUUUAUACACUAUGAAUGUUCGCGCUGCUAUGCAGGGGCUCCCUCUUGUGCAGCCCAUGUAUUGGACUUACCCGGAAAGUGAGGAGGCAUACAACGUACCAAAUCAGUACAUGUUUGGCUCAAAUCUCAUGGUGGUACCAAUCACUGCUCCUCAAGAUCCUAGGUCACGACGAUCCCAGGUCCUCGCAUGGCUUCCUUCUGGUAGGCAUGUAGAUAUUUUCACAGGUGUGGUCUACGAUGGAGACCGCCGGAUUUGGCUAAAUCGACGCCUGGAAGAUUACCCAGUAUUCGCUCCAGAGGGAGCGAUCUUUCCACUUGACUCGGCCCUAUCUCUGCCGAACGACUGUAUGAAUUCCACCGCGAUUGAAUUGCUGGUUGUUGUCGGGGCAGAUGGCACUUUUGAACUUAUGGAAGACGAUGGAAAGGGCCCGUACGCGGAUCAGAUCAAUUUCCGACGAACGCACAUCUCUUUCAAUCAACAGACUGGUGAGUUGCAUAUUGAGCCUACAAGGGGUGGAAAUAUUCCUCCUGGUGUUCGCCAAUGGAGUGUUCGCUUCCUCGGAUACGCGUCUUCGAAAGGGAUACAAGUUUGCAUCGGGGAUGAAAGAUGCAUAGUUAAUGGUCAGAAUUUGAAAAACGGCUUCUUCUUGGACUUGGGAUCUCAUCCAGAAAGUACGCGCAUCAAGGUGAAGUUGGAAAGCCAUCCCACUUUAAUGGUGAGCCGGCCCGAGCCUCAAAUUAUCGACUUCUUGCGCGGUGCUCAGAUGGAAAUGGAUUUGAAAGACAAUAUUCGGAAGGUUGUUGAAAGGCCGAUAUCCAGGUUGCUGCAGAUUGGAGAUCUCCAUGCACUUGCACUUGACAGCCUACUCUUAAAUCCAAUUCUUGAAUAUCUCUUGGCUGACUCCCGGUCUGCAUUGACUAAAGACAGACAAAAGGCUACAAGUCAAUCACAGCACGAACAAAUUGGAAUUUAG